AUGUUCGAGAAGAUGUACCCCAACACAAUGGUGCUCGACCAGAACUUCCAGGCGAAGAGCCGGUAUGUUUUCCACAUCGAUGCCCAGUAUCGCAUCUACAGGACCAGCUGGGCCAAGGACGCGCCCAACUUCGUCGAGAAGGCGCUCUCGCUGAUGCGGUCGGACGCCAGGGUGUACAUGGCUUCGGUCGUCAGCACCCCGAACGUGGAUCCGGAGCACGACAGGCACGCGCGCGCGCACGCGCGUGCGAGGAGCGCGCCCCACGAGCGCAUGAACGGCCUGAUGCAGGGCUGGAAGCCGGUGACCGGGCCCUGGAGCGAGCGCCCGGUUCGCGCGGAGACCUUCAAUGCUAAUUGGACGAACGCGGGCGAGAGGAAGGAUGCCCGCAAGAUGAAGCUCGUGAGGCUGAUCUCGAAGGACAGACGGUGGCAGCGUCGUCAGCACUCGCCAGUUCCUCAUGGACGUCGAUCGCUUCAAAGGGCUGUUCCCGCUGGCCCACUACGACCGCCCUGCCGACCACAUGUGGGGCGUCAACAUGGACGAACAGACCCCCGAUAUCGGGAAGGCCUACCAGGUGUUCUUCAACGAGACGUGUGGGGUGUUCGCGGGGCCCUCGGAGCCCCGCCUGGGGCCCGGGAUCGCGGGGUGAGCGCGAGGGCCUUCUCGGCACGGUAG